GUCACAUGAAUAACUGUAGUUUACUCAUACUUUUUUAAAUUAUUGAGAUCACUAUGGUGUGUGUAGGUAGGAUUCACUAUGUGAAGCAGGUGUGAGUUCAAUUAAUAAAUGUCAAACGCACCUGAGAUAGUGACAGGAGAAUUUCGAAAUCAUUUUGUUAUGUAUGAGAUUCGUAUCAUGUUUUUGUUUAUCCCGUUUAUUUAAAUUUAAAAUUUAAUACAUAUCAUCUCAGUAUAUUUUGUGAACGAAAUUUAUUUUCAUAUUUGUAAUGGAUGUUGAAACACAAUUUAAAAAAACACGUAUAAAAAAUAUUAGAAUUGAUGGACCCAUUCGUUGUAUAUUUUUUUGUGAAUUCCAUCACACUGCCGGUCCUAUAAUAUCGUGUCAAGACCCAGAAAAUUUUAUUUCCAAAGAGCUGUUUGAUAGUAUUAGCGUAUAUAUUAUAACUAAAGCAGAAUUACAAAGAAGUGUUAUUACAGUGACACUUCAAAAUUAUAAAAUUCUUGGUUUUCCCAUUCGUAUAGAUGAUAAAGAUAAAUAUGUUAGAAAUGCAUUCCAUUUUAAUUUAUGCUUUGUCUGUGACAGUGAUGCUAGAACUGUACAAUACGAAUCAGUUGUCCAAAAAUUUUCAGAUUAUUUAGUAGCAAGAGAAAUGGAAAGUAGUUUCUUAUCACAAGGUAAAGUUAGUACAAAACUGGCACCACUUUUAGCUCAAGUUAAAGAAGAACUCAAUACAAAAGGUGAAUGUGCUCUAAUAGAGGGAGCAACAACAACACAUUUAAAAGUAUGCAGAAUACGAUUAGAUCCAUCACCUGUUAAGGAUCAUCAAGUACCUAUAUUUAUCAAGGAAAUUUCUGAACAGCCAUGGGAUCUAACUACUCAACAAGUCACUCCUUAUAUUGAUGGAUUUAAUCAUAUUGCCAAGAUAGCGUCCCUCUCAGAUGUCCAGAAUAAUUUGGUAAAAGCUUGUAUACAGAAUUUGGUAUAUUAUGGAGUUGUUGCUUUAGUACCAUUGUUUCAAUAUGGAAACGUAUAUUGUACAACUCCAAAAUUGAAAAUGAUGGCACAGAACCUUGAGUUACAGUGUAAAUGUCUAAAUUAUGUUACAAAAUCAAAACGUCAGUUGCCGACUGUAAGAGAUGUGUUUCGUUUAUAUGCAGCUAUGACUAGAGGGACUACUAUACGAGAUCUCUGCAUCAGAUUCAAUCCAUCCAAUCUAAGAAUUAACGAAAGGAAAUUGGUACAAUUUGGAGUUUUAGAAGGUAUAAUUCGUAGAGUUCAUAAAUACCCUGUGCUUUUAACAGACGAACCUGACGAAUUAGAAAAAAGUCUUUCUGGGGAGUCGAGUCUUGAUGAACUCUGUUGUUCCAUUGGGGUUGCUUCACAACAACUAGAAGAUCAAUUGGAAAGGGAUCAUAAUGUUAUGUUAUUAUGGAAGUAGAUUAAUUCUUAUUAUGAAUAAUUUUCUGUGAUAGCUGUAGAUAAGUAUAUAUAUAUAUAUAUAUAUAUAUAUAUAUAUAUAUAUAUAUAUUGUAAAUUUAUAUAUUGUAAAUUUAUCAGAAUUAACAUGCGUUGUUAUAUAUAAAGUGAUAGGAGGCUCAGUAUAUCUAUAUAGUUUGCUACAGUUUAAAUGAGACUUAGCCAUCCCCCUUUUAAUAAAAAGGAAAAAUUAAAUACAUAAGACAAAUUAUAAUAACCAUUUUUUUAAUACUGCACUUUUUUUUUAUCCAGUGUAUGCCAAUAUUAAACAGACCAAUAUUGGUAGAUGUAGGAUAUUGUGUUUAUAGAAAUUUCUUAAGAAAUGUUUUGAAAUCCUGAUAAAUCAUAUAUUAUCUGUUGCUUUAUGUUCAUUGGCUCCAAUUGUAAAUUCUUGCAAAUAAUGCAGAUCUUUUUGUGUUUGAGACUAUUAUUUGUAAUAAACAUUCCUGAUUUUUUAAACAAGAUGGCAACAUUAGUAGCAAUAGCAGAAUGUAUUUGGAAGUUUAAGGUUUUAACGUGACCGGCAUUGCCCACUGACCGCCAUUCCCCCAUCUUACCCUAUCUUUUUUUCGCUUCUACAUGAUUAUUUCCUACUUCUAGUAUAGCAGUAUCGUCUGCGAAGGUAUCUAAAGUGUCAAGUUCAUAGUAGGCUUCCUCUUGUUUAAUUCUUUGUCUGUGUGUCACUGUAUAGGUAAGUACAUCAUCAUUUUAAAUUUCAAUUCUUUAUGCUAAACUUUACCGAAUGCCACGUCAAGAAAUAUUGUGGAAGAGCCUUUUUUUCUGCUAGCGACUUUUCUGUUACAUUUGUAAUUUGGUGGACCUAAUCGAUCGUUUAGUGGUUUUCUCUAAACUCAAACUGUUGAGAUGGGAUCAGAUUAUACUUUUCUAUAACGGGUUUUAGGUUGUAGGGAUCAUACCUUCCACAUCAAUGCUAUAUAUUUUAGAUUUUACAUAUUAAUUAGAUGUAUCAGUGUAACUGUUGCUUUUCUUGGUAGUUGCCUUAGGACUUUACCAGUAAUGUGAUCAAAUUUGGAAGGUUUUCAAGAAUUUAUGUUUUCUCUAAUCUCUUUUAUAAUUUCUUUAGGAGAUGUCAGCUGAAUCUCUGUUUCUUCUGCCGUUCCUUGGUCAAUAUUAUCAUCUCCUUCAUUUGACUGAAUACUGUCCUGUAGAUGUUGCAAAUCUAUCAGCUUCUUUUAAUUAUUUUUUGCCCAUGUGCCAUUCUAAUUGGUGGUAUUUGUAUAAUAGACUUUCCAUUGCGAAUAGUCUGUGCUGGCAUCAUUUGUUAAUUCAUUUAGGUAAGUAGUAAUUGAUUUAUUUUUACCCUUAGUGAUAUCUGAAUAGCAUUAUUUAGACUUCAUUUAGUUUUCUCUUUUCAAAGAUUAGGUUUUUAAUUUCUUGUGGAUAGUUGUUCCCUUUUGUUAUCUGUCUAAAAAGAGGAGUAUUGUUAUAUUUGUUUAACGAAUAAUUCGAUCUCUGUAUCUGGAUGAUCCUGAUUUAUUAAAGGUACUGCUAAAUCAAUUUCUUCUUCUAAUUCUCACGUAAAACUAAGCCAGUCUGUUAGUUUAUUUAUCAAUUUUGGAUUAUUUGUUUACUAUGAUCAAUUUAUAGCUUAAUGAUAAGUUUCUUAUGAUAAAGAAAAAACAUUUUGUAGUUUUCCAAAUUAUUUAAUUUCUAUACAUCGUAUAAUCAUAUAAAUGUAGUAUUUAUUGUUCAUAUAUACAAUAAUUGAAGAGUAAAAAGGUAUAAUUCUAAUGGAGAUUUGAAGUGAUUACAUGCAUUGGAGUGUUUUCCUUACAGGUUUCUGUCAAUUGGUUGACACGAGAUAAUAUUUAAAUUAAUCAAAAUCGACUAUGACUACAAAAUUAUUUACGUGACUUUCUACACAACUAGAACAUACUGAACUAACAUAGAUUAUCACAAUCAUAUACUAUGUUACAUAUACUAAGUUGGUCAUAAUUAGUAUAUUACCAAGUAAUUGUAGUACCAUGUAAUUGUUAUUUUAAUAAAUAAAAUAAACUGAUAGAUGUCGCUGAGCAGUUAAUUGUGUUUGAAACAUUUUUUCUUUUUAAAUACAGUAAAUUCAAUAUAUCCGCGUUUCUGUAGCAUUACACAAUUGUAUUUUUAUUUUUUAAAACAUUUGUAGUCUUUAUUGUAUAAUAAAAUUACUGAUAUAAGUAGUGAUUAAAGGUGUAUUAAAACUAAAUUACCUAUAAUUUGAGAAUAAUAAAAAAACAUGUUUAAUUAUGAAUAUUUUCCAGAUCUACUUCACUGACCAUUUAGUCUAUGUGUUGAAAGUUAUUUCGAUAUCAACAUACUGUAAUCGGGUAUCAACUACUUUCAAUACGGGAAAGUACCCCAAUAUAAGAUAGCUCUGAAGGAGUUGUUAGAAAGCCAUGUUUCAUGUAGUAUGUUUUGAACGGCCUUAUAAAUGCCACGUCCAUUGGCUGGAGUUUGUGUGGGGAGGGAGACAAAAAAUGAUAACUCCAUUUUCUCUGGUCUUUAAAAUUACAUCAAUAUUUCUUACAUGGGUUUCAUCACCAUCUAAAACUAUAACAAUGAAAUCCUUCUGGAGACGGUUUGACGUAGUCUAUGAAAUCCUGCAGCCAGUCAGUAAAAAUAUGAGCUUGAAUCCAUUCAGACUUAUAGCAUCUUGCGAUGGUUCCUGGCGGUGUGCUAUCCAAACGUUCAGGCUUCAUAUUUUGCCUAGAAACUACUAUAAGUGGAGGAAUAAAUAUUCCUGAAGGGUACAUGCAUCUGACUAGAGUCAUGAGAAUAUCCCUUUCUUGUGCAGAUAACGUACCAAACUAUUUUUUGCCUUUUACUGUAAUGACUUUUGAGCGACGUGACUGGACGACAGUAAUUCUUGUCUCGUCGACAUUGAACACUUUAUGUGGUCUCCAUUGAACUUUUCUCAGUUUAGGUUCUGAUAUCUGAUAGUAGGGCCCUCAAGCUAUCCGAUAUUAGGAGCCGCCAUAAGCACGGAAUGAACACGGUAUAAAAGUUCAAAAACAUUACGUUUGGUGGUAAUAGUAUCCAAAACAAAACAACUCUUCAAAAACUGUGAACCAAUUAAAAACUUUCUCAAAAUUCUCAAAACAACAAAAGCAAUACAUUGGCUACUGCAGUGUGGGAUGACGGAAGCAGAGCUUCAAGUUCACAUGAUCGCCGCUGGGCUGCACUUACUAGAACCAGAACCUAGACAUCUGGAUUUAGGCGCCUAAUCGAUAAUCGGCUAAUGUAUUGUUUCAAUUGAUGGAUCUAUGCGUUAAAAAAAAUUCUAAUUCAUAACACUCACCAAUAAGAUAAACAAUCAACAAGACUUUGCGAAAAUAUGUUAUAGAUUUCAUGAAAAAUGACUUUUGCAAUGUUAAUCUGUAGGUGUUAAAAUCGGAUGAUUAAUACAAGAUUUACUAAUUGAAGAAAUUCCAGUUGCAAUUAAUAAAAACCAAAGACAUUCCAAAUAUUUGCUAAACCUACAAAUUAUCCAAAUUUACUGAAUUAAGCUGGGUUUACACUAUAUAGCUGGAGAGGUAUAUAAAAAAUGAGCAAUAUAUAAGUUACAAAUACCUCUGCUAUGAGUAAAUUUGAUGCCAGUCCGUGUAGCAGAGCUACAUAUAGCUUAGGUGUUCAGUUCCCAGCCAGAUUCCGAAGAAGAAGGUGGUUCUUGCAGCAGCCGCUUCUUUAACCGCAGCUACUGUGAUAUUUUCAACAGAAAAAAUAGGCUUAAAUUUACUUUAUACCAGAUCUCCAGUGUCACUUUUUGAACUUGUAGUAGAGCUGUAUCUCUGCUAUAUAGUGUAAACCUUGCUUUAUCCUACUUCAAUGUGGCACAUGUACGUAAAUAAACCAUAGAGUUCCUAGAUAUAUAUCGUGAAUAGAGAUUUGGUUAAUACAUAGAAAAAUAAAUACACAGAUUUCUGCAAAACCCGUGAUUAUGGACGAUAGAGAAAAGGUAAACAAUUUUAAAAGAAGCACCGAAUAUUAUAGAUAAAAAACGAAAUAAAAUCACUCUUUUCUCAUAAUAAUUAUUUUAGGUUAUAUUUUUUAAUUCGGUAUACAAAGAUUCAUCUAAAAUUGCUACAGUCAUACCAUACCCUUUGUUUACACCAGCACCAUUCCGGAAGGUUUAUCAACUGUUAUUUAUCUUGAAUGGGUGAAAACUGGAAAACUGUCGAUCUAUAAACAACAAAUUAUUGCUCGAAGACUCGCCAAACUAGCGCUACUGUAACAAGUAGAAAUGAUAUGAACUUUGGUCAUUAUAUGGUUGUGAAUUUAUAGAGUAUAUUCUUUUUUUUUCUUUAACUGGCGGUACGGUCGGCCCUUUGAGAACCAGGGCCUUCUCAACAAUCGACUGCCAAUCCUAUUUUUCCUGAGUAUGGUAUCUCCAACGUCGAAUCCCUAGCUGGAUCAGGUCCCCCUCAACGUCCUCUAACCAGCGCAGGUAAGUCUUCCUUUGAGUCGCCAUCCUCCAGGAACUCCUUACAUGGCUCUGCGUGGGUAUCGAGAAGGCAUUCUCUCCACCUCAGACGCGCCCCCUGGAUGAACGCCACCAAAUCUGGCUCGCCAUAUAUCUGUCUCAGCUCAGCAUCCCUCCGGAUUCUCCACGCACCGUUCUCGUAGACAGGGCCAAAAAUCUUUCGCAGGAUCUACGUUUCCAGCAGCUCAAAAUCCGUUCACUUGUCGUCGUCAUAGUCCAUGUCUCGCAUCCGUAUGUGGGACGGAUCAUUAUCUUGUAAAUUGUGAGCUUUGACCUUCGUGAGAGCCCUCUAAACUUAAGCGCUCUCAGGACUGCCCAGAAGCAUCUGUUCUCCGCAGCAACUCUUGUCUUGAUCUCGUUGUCACGUCAUUGUUUUCAGUAAUUAAGGCCCCGAGAUAUUUGACUUGGUGGCACACAGGGAAGCAAUGUUCUCUGACUUGGGAACGUGGUUAGGGAGGUUAGGGUUCUCCAUGAGGUUCUCAUGUACAUGAUUGUUGGAAGAUGUUUUCAAACUCCGGCGACAGAUGGUCUAAAUUUCGGUUUUCAUUGGGGUACUAAAGCAGCUUUAUAUAAAAAUACAUAGCGAGUCUUUAUUAUGAGGAGAAAUGGAGUAUAUGGUUUUAUAUGAUGCUACCAUUAUAUUAAAAUAAUAUCACAUGGUACAUUUUAUAUAGAUCACAUCUAUUCAACUUAAAUUUCAUUUGUUUAUUAAUAAGCGUUCAUUCGAUUUCCCAUUUUCAUUACAAAAUGUCACAUUUAAAAAGUAAUGUUUUAUUAAAUUGGCUAAUAUUUUCAACCAUCCAUCAUGUUAUUCAACAUUACUAAAUCAUCAAAUUGGUUUAUAUUUUCUAGACGUUGAAUAAAUUGAAUGGAUUUAUUCAGCAGAAUAAUUAUUUCACAAAUGAAAAAACGAAUUAUCCAUAUUAGCUUUUUCACAUUUUUCAUAGUCCAGUCAAUAUAAGCUUAUGACUUUUUUUUCGAACGCAUACGAAGUUGUGCAUACUUGUAUGUUUAUGUGAGGAAUUCAAUUCUAAGUUUAUGCGUCGAUAUUUUGGGUUUUUUGAACCAAAUCAAGAAUUUUUUCGUUAUUGUGCGAUAAAAUUAAUUUUUUGCCAUUCGGAAGCUUGUGAAAUUUACUAAUUUUUCUGGUUUAACCAGAUUUUUCGCUCAAAGGAUCGUAAUCUAGAUAUCCACUGCAUAUACACAAAAAUUUGAAUUUUUAGAAAACUCGAGGUAAAAAAGAGAUAUUAAAGAGCUAAAUGACGUAUUCCAGCAUCGAUUGCUGAACAAUGCAAUAUUUUACAUAUUUUUUUGCUCCUGUAAAAUUUUAGUAAUAGAAAAAAUUAAAAUAGUCUAGAGUGUGAAAAAGUUUCAUCAUUUUCACUUAAUAAUAUCAAUAUUUGAUAUGUUAUUUACCAACUGUCCAAAUUAUAACAUAAUUCAUACAUAACAAAAUUUUUUUCAACCCUUUCUUUGGUCAUUGAAAAAAAAUAGACUUACAAAAAAGAUGUUUUUCAAGAAAAAUGGUCUGGCAACUACAAUUUUUCGAUAUUUUAGGGUAAACAUUUAAGCCAUGUGAAUUAAUUAUAUUGUUAAUACCCCCUAAAAUUUUAUUUACGUGUUACAAGCUUGAGAAGGUCAAAUCCUCAACGUUGUUGAGCUGGCAGCAUACACGUAACCUCUGUGGUGAAAGGCGGUAGAGUGCAUAUACGAGAGAGAGAGAAAAAUGUCAUGUUAUAGUCAAAAAAUUUAGACAAAAGCUUGUAAAAACUAAAAAACAAACAUAAAAAUAACUAAAUAAAGAUAAAACAAAUAAAAUAAAAUUUCAAUAUACAGAAGAAAACCACAAUGAGUAACGUUCUUGUUUGUGCACAUGAAUUAUAAUACUGUAACAAUUUUUUGAAGGUUUUACCCUUUCAUUAUUUCUAAAAAGAUUAUCACAAUCACAAAAAAGAAUAUUUAAAUUCUCGAGAAAAAUAUGAGAUAAUCAAAAUCUUUUGUGGACCGAAGAAUGAGAAUUACUUGGGCGCCUCUGGUGGCACAGUUUCGAAGUUUAUUAAUACAUUUCUUUAGCGAGAGAGUAUUCUUUUUUGCGUUUUUUGUGGAAUAUUAUCAUUUUUCCCUAAUUUGAGCACUUUAUUGAAGAGUUUGCUGUCUGAUUUUUAUUUUAUUGGAAUGAGCACCUCAAAAUACAUGGUCUUGACUAGCGCUCGGAAUAAUGAGAGGUUUUAUUGAAAAAAACUGCGAAAUUAACUGGACUAUUAAGAUAAUAGGAUAAUAUAGAAAAAACUUUUUUAUGCCUUUUAUCUAAAGGUAGUAAUAAAUUUAACCUCAAACCAAAUAUCAAAAUAUUAUAAUGGAUGAUGAGAGAUGCAUUAAGCUGUAUGUUGAAUGGACAAAAAAUUAUAUGCAUUAAAAAAAUUUAGCAGUAGCACAAAAUACGUCAAACACUACCUAUGUUAUUAUAAGGACGACUCACUAACUAACUAUCUAAGUAAGACGUGUAUGUAUAGAUUGAUCUUUAUCCUAUAAUAUAAUACAUGGAAUAAUGGAUAAAGAGCAAAGUGAUUGUCUCAUCAAGAAUAUAGAAGAUACAUCUCACUAAGAAUGUUUGGCUCACAAUAAUUAAAAUCUUUUCAGCUACUUAACUUACUUUCCCCAUUCAUUCUACAUAAAUAACUAUUUCAGACCUAUCUAUUAUGAAGCAGUUUCAGAAAUAAUUUGAAAAUAUCUAGAUUAUUCAGAGCUCUUCACUACUUGAGAGGUUUUAAAUUUGUUCUGUUCAGGGCAGAUUUUUUUCUCGAAAGUAUACCUAAGAAGGAGACUAUUUUGGAAAUUUAAGUCCAAUAUGACUAAUACGAGAAUUUAAAAAAACAUCUAUUUUAAACUUAAUUUCAAUAAUCUGUACCUCAGCUUUUCUAUUACUUAAAGACUUCUACCCAACGAUAUUAUUUUACGUAAACUCCAUUAGUUAAAUUUUUACGGUUUAUAAAAACUAUUUUAUAUACCGUUUUCGACCUUAAGGCACGGCCAACAGUUUCCAUGAAGGUACACUUGAAUGAAAUUUACUAAACUUCUGCUCGAUUACCCAUUUAAGGUUGUAGCUACAACCAAUUGAAUUUUAAAAAAUCGUUGUUUUCUCCGAAGUCCGAUUUUCUCAAAACUUUCGAGUAAGGUGCUUUGAAAACCCUUGAAAUAUAAAUUAAGGAAUUUAGCUUGAAUGAAAUUCACUAAACUUCUGCUCGAUUACCCAUUUAAGGUUGUAGCUACAACCAAUUGAAUUUUAAAAAAUCGUUGUUUUCUCCGAAGUCCGAUUUUCUCAAAACAUUCGAGUAAGGUGCUUUGAAAACCCUUGAAAUAUAAAUUAAGGAAUUUAGCUUGAAUGAAAUUCACUAAACUUCUGCUCGAUUACCCAUUUAAGGUUGUAGCUACAACCAAUUGUAUUUUAAAAAAUCGUUGUUUUCUCCGAACUACGAUUUUCUCAAAACUUUCGAGUAAGGUGCUUUGAAAACCCUUGAAAUAUAAAUUAAGGAAUUUAGCUUGAAUGAAAUUCACUAAACUUCUGCUCGAUUACCCAUUUAAGGUUGUAGCUACAACCAAUUGAAUUUUAAAAA